CUUCUGUGUAAAGCUCCUUGUUAAGCUAAAUAGCCCCUUUUGUGCUAAGAGUCUGAUAUCUAUAGUUAUCUUCUCAAUACUGCACUUAUUAUUCAAUGACACUUGCUAGGGAUUAUAGUUUUCCAACUGCUAUGUCUUCAUCUUUUGCAACUCUAGAAGAGAGACACCACCGUAACUUUCCUAACAUUUUGUGGGUUUCAUCAGGACAGGAACUGAUGAAUAACAACCCCGUCCCCUGUCAGGCAUUUCCGCUGGUCUCUGGUGGCAGUUCUGGUGGGAAUUCGUUUUCAUCUUCUUCCGGAUUCUGCAAUGGUGUCUAUGUUUCAUCUUCCUCCCAGGCACGGCCGCCCGUUUCUACAGUGCCAAGAGGCAGAACGACUGUUGCUCAUGUCUCUGAAGAAGGGCAGAGGCAGGAAUGUUCUUUUGAUACACAAUCUUUGCAAGUGAUCAAUCAGCCUCAAGAGCAGAGAAAUAUGACCUGGUCUUUAGAUCAGCUUCAGGGCUUCUUUGACAUUCCUGUUCCGGUUCCACAAGCGGAGAGCAGUAGAACUAUGGUCUCUUCCAAGGAAGUCCAUUCAAAAAACGAAUGGCCAGACUGGGCGGACCAGUUGAUGUCUGAUGAUGGUCUUGAACCAUGGUCAGAGCUUCUAGGUGAUUCUAAUGCCCUCAAUCUAGAUUCAAAGAUACCAACACCCUCUUCUGAUAUGGUAAGGCAAGAGAUAGUGCUUAAUAAUCAGCAUCAGGUGGAUCCAUCAAUGGAUCCUUUUAAUGCCAAAAACUCACCAGCUAGUUCAAUGACAAUGGAUCCUUUUAAUGCCAAAAACUCACCAGCUAGUUCAAUGACAAUGGAUCCUUCUAAUGCCAAAAACUCACCAGCUAGUUCGAUGACAUCUAAGCAACGAAUGCGUUGGACACCAGAACUUCAUGAAGCAUUUGUCGAAGCUGUCAAUCAGCUCGGUGGUGGUAAGCGAGCCACCCCUAAGGCUGUUUUGAAGCUUAUGAAUAGCCCCGGGUUGACCAUUUAUCAUGUCAAAAGCCAUUUGCAGAAAUACAGAAGUACUACUAGGUAUAAGCCGGAUCUUUCAGAAAAUAAAGAAGAAGAACCUCCAGUGAAGAAUUUGAAAACCAUUGAAGAUAUCAAAUCUCUUGACUUGAAGACGAGCAUUGAAAUUACUGAAGCUCUACGGUUACAGAUGAAAGUUCAAAAACAACUCCACGAGCAACUUGAGAUCCAAAGAUCACUGCAGUUACGAAUGGAAGAACAAGGUCGGUGUCUUCAGAUGAUGAUUGAGAAACAACAGAAGAUACAAGAGUCAUCAUCAAUGCCGGAAGCUGAAGCGUCAGCUCCACCACAAAAGCCUUCACAAGUUUUCCUCCCUGAUAAAGCAACCAAUUCAGAACCAUCAACAAUAACUCAGACACUGCAGAGUGGUUCUAACACAAUGUCUCAAACUGAAUCUGCUUCUGGAAGUAAUAGGAAGCGGGUUAGAGAAGAUUAGACCUCUAAUGGAAGUUAUGAAUUAUGAUACUUACUGACCUAAAGAUGUUGCAGCAGAUGUAACUAAGUUCUUUUUUGUUCAUGCUUUAUGUGAAAUUCACAGCAGCAAUAAAAUGAACAACAUUGAUGA